UCAGGGGUCUGUCCUUUGCCGAUCUGGUACCCCACGCCUCUCAGCUCCUGACUUUCGCUCUGGGAGGCCCUGGCCGGGCGCUGUGUCCGGUACAGCUGCCCCUCCCUCCCAGGGCAGCGUCCUGUGCUAAAGAAAGGACUUGAGAGGAAGAACCACCAUAGGAUGGUGAGCUGAAAGUGAGAAUCUAUAGGCAAACUAGCUGUUAUAGAGGCAGUGCAAACCCUGAGCAUCAAGAGUGGCACCUCCAAGCUCCUCCUCUGGGAACUACAUUCAGCAUCUCAGCAUCAAGCCGCCAUAGCUUUGAGCAUCUGUUCUUUAUCUUGAUUUAUGUUGUGCAUCUAUUAGCAAGAUGUGUCCUAAGGUACUGAUUAGGGUGAAUGUGAUUUGGAGAAAUUAUAUUUUCUAUCUAAGGAUAAGAAAGGCACCUCACAGAUACCAAAGCAGUUAUCACCCAGUGGCCCCUCUGGGAUCAAGGAUUUUAACUGACCCAACUAAAGUUUUUGAACACAACAUGUGGGAUCACAUGCAGUGGUCAAAAGAAGAAGAAGAAACGGCCAGAAAAAAAGUAGAGGAAAACUCAGCUGUGCGAGUCCUUUUGGAAGAGCAAGUUAAGUAUGAGAGUGAAGCUAGUAAAUAUUGGGACACAUUUUACAAGAUUCAUAAGGAUAAGUUUUUCAAAGAUCGUAAUUGGCUCUUGAGGGAAUUUCCUGAAAUUCUUCCAGUUGGUCAAAAAACUGGAGAGAAGGUAGAAGAAUUAUCAUGGAAUCACAUAAAAAUUAAUGCUGCAAAUUGUUUCUCAAGAAUGUACUGCCCUACUAUGCCUGAAGAAAAAAAUCAUUAUAAAGAAAGUUCUGGCUCAUCAGAUGGUCAAAGCAAAGUAGGACCUGAUUUUUCCAAUGUAGACUGUAAAGAACACAGAAAAGAAUCUCUGAAGACUGAAUCAUUUCCUGGUAGCAAUGCUACUUUCAGAAUCCUAGAGGUUGGCUGUGGUGCUGGGAAUAGUGUUUUUCCAAUUCUGAACACUUUGCAGAAUGCUCCAGAAUCCUUUCUUUAUUGUUGUGAUUUUGCUUCUGGAGCUGUGGAACUAGUAAAGUCGCACACAUCAUACAGAGCAGCCCAGUGCUGUGCCUUUGUUCAUGACGUUUGUGACGAUGGCUUACCCUACCCUUUUCCAGAUGGGAUCCUGGAUGUCAUUCUCCUUGUCUUUGUGCUCUCUUCUAUUCAUCCCGACAGGAUGCAAGGUGUUGUAAACCGACUGUCCCAGUUACUGAAACCUGGGGGGAUGCUGUUAUUUCGGGACUAUGGAAGAUAUGAUAAGACUCAGCUUCGUUUUAAAAGGGGGCAUUGUUUAUCUGAAAACUUUUAUGUUCGAGGAGAUGGUACCAGAGCAUAUUUCUUUACAAAAGGGGAAGUCCACGAUAUGUUCUGCAAGGCUGGGUUAGAUGAGAAGCAAAAUCUGGUUGAUCGUCGCUUACAAGUUAAUAGGAAAAAAAAAGUGAAAAUGCACCGAGUGUGGGUUCAAGGCAAAUUCCAGAAACCAUUACACGACUCAAAAAAACUCCACAUUGGUAUUUUCACUCCUGUCUCAUGGCUGAACCAUGUAUCAUGUUAAGGUACAAACCAGAGGAUUACACUAUUCAAAGUCUUCUGUAAAUCUUUCAUUUUUGAAAAGACGGUCAGAAGAAGAGAAUUUGUAUAUCCUCCUGUUUACCAUGAGUAGGCUCUUUUGUGCAUUUUAAGCACAUGUAAAUGAUUUGGAAGAGAGCACAAUAUUCUGUGUUUUCAAAACUUAAUAUGCUCAAGCUUGUUUGGAUUUAUUACGUCUUAACCAUUUUGUUUGUUCUUUGAGUUUUAUAAGCAUUCGAUUAAAUUACUGAUAUAAGUCAGAUGAUUCUGAGAAACUAAAACCUGCCAUUUUUUAGAAGUGAAAAAAAACCACCUACUUUAUUUAUAUAUCACUUGAACACUGUUGAACUCUCCUGCAUUGUUAACUGAUAGCCGAGAGGCAGCUUGCCUUGUUUCCAAGGAAGGUCACAAGACCAAGACAAAGGUAUAUAUUUGUUUUGUUUUGUCAUUGUCUGUUGUCUGUCCCAAAACUUUUUUUUUUCAUUCAGAGACUAAUGUCUGAAACAGAAUUUUAGUUUCUCUUUCCUUUUCUAAAAUUGGGGAAGUAUGACCAAUGCUAACGUUAUUUUCAGGCUUUUCUUAGGUGUACAUAUUGGAAACCUUCUUUAAGACAAUUGUUAUACCCAAGAAAAUUCUUAAAUUGUAGCAAUUAAAAAUUUAUUUACCAUCUUGCCUCAAAAAAGACAUAAGUUGGCUUGGUAAAAAUGGAGUUUCUAAGACUGUUCUUUCAUUCAUUAUACAACAUAUACUGAGUACUUACAUUGUGCUGAAUUAUAUGGAAUGAUACAAGAAGUAAAGACCCGGCCCUGUCUUUUGAGAGCAUACAUAGGCUCUUGCUGGCAAAGCAAAAUUUGUGCAUCCCAAGCCUCUAAAUCCUGAGCUAAGAUAAUAUGUGAGCAAGUAAUCAAAUAGGGAACUUAUCAACCAACAGACUUUGAUAGCCACAGGAAUCUGGAAGACAUGGACAAUCUCUUGAAAGGACCACCAUCAGAAUGAUCAGUUCCAACUAUUUUUCCUUUUUGUACUUACUUUAAAUUCAGCUUCUUGGAAGAAAGUGAUUUGUCUGAUUUGGAUCAUGGAUUCAUCUCUUGACAGACUAGGGCGGGGCAGGUUACUUGGUGGUACCACCAGACUAUAUGGAAUGGAGGAAAGUUCCUCAAAGGAAAAUCAAGACACUGUUAUCAAAAAGAGGGGAGAGAGAUGCUUCUCAGUCACAGACAUUGUGUAGUGGUAGCAGUAAUAAUAAUAGUUCUGAAGGGAGAGAAAGAUCAGCUGUGGGAUGUAAGGGAAAGAAUCAGGGUUCUGGGAGGAGAUAGGUCUCAGGCCAGUCCUAGAACAUAUCUCAGAAGAUGGGGAGAAGACAUAUGUUUGGUGGGGAUAUUCAUGAUUCAGAAUAGUGGAGAAAAGAUGAGGAGGGCGUCAGCUUAUAGAUGGCCUUGAAUAGAGGGUGCAUUGGGUUCUAGUCUCUGGACUGGAGCCAUCUGAGGUUAGUUUCUGUUUUAUCCUAGCCAUGGCGUGUUAUAAAUAUGUUCAGAGAGAUUGACUGGGGAGUCAUCAGUAGAAUGGAAUGCAGAGAGGUCAGAGAUCGGGGCAAGGAAAACCACAGAAGGUUUUUGCAUCCAUUUGUCUUGGUAGCAAGUCCUCAGAAGUACAGUAUCAAGGUUUGUGUUUAAACAUGCAGUAAAUGUAAAAGUCAAAAUUUGUCUGAGACUCUUAGCUCAGUUGUUUUUCCUAAUUAAAGCGUAUAUUUAAAAGCCAAACUAGUAGAGAAAGUAUUACAUACAACAAGGGCAGUUAGAUAAGUGAAUGUUGCUAUGGGAACCCCAGCAGAUCUUCUUGUGUCUCAAUUUAAAAAUCAUGGCCCAAGGUGGUUUUAAAAACAACAGAAGGUAAAAUUAUUCCCUCAUUCUCACACAUGUAAAUUGUACUGUCUCUCUCAGUCCUAAAUAGCAGAUUCAAGCCAGCUUCUUGACUGGCACAGUAAAAUUCUACUUCGUGUCUUUCUAUAAUGUAUUACAGAAUGUAGUUAACCUUUAGAAACUUCAAAAAUACAUCAACCAAAUUUGGACUGUGAGACACAAACUGGGCUCUCUUGCGCUCUGUCUAGCAUAGACCUCCUAUUCCACAUGGCUGCUCAUCGGGCCAUUGCUAUCAGUGUCUUCUGCGUGUCUGAUCAGUCUUUCUCUCCCUUAGCCUACCUGAAUUAAUCCCCAACUUAGAGUUUGC